UCUCUGAGUCUCUGCGCGUUUCAGGUUUCCCGACUUCCCGUUUCAGUUCGAGUUGCACUGCUGUACGGCGUGGUCGCAACCAGUCACAACUCGUAGCGCAUUGCAACGCACGCGUCGCGACGCGCACGGCGCAACACAUAUACGCGCGUUAAACUCGCCUCCGGCAAUCGGCCGCGUUUGAGUCUUUUGAGAAGUGAAGAGUGCGUCUUUUUCUCUUUCUCUCUCUCUCUCUCUCUCUCUCUCGAGUUAACUACAAAUUGAGAAAAACUGUAAAAGAAGAAGAGAAGAGAACGCAACUCUCUCGCGCAACCAUUGACUUCACUUUACGAACUUUGUUGUGUUCUUCGAGAGCGGACACUCGGAGUCGCAGCAGUGUGUUCGAAGUGAAAUCGAGUUUCCCUAGCGAAGCGAUAGGAGUGACGGUACACGUGGUGGACGGAGCGCGUGUCAGAAUCGUAAAACGCAAAUGCGCCUCACUCUAUGAUGGCGGAUGAGGUAUAAAAAAAUGACGCGGAACAGUAAAGAUUAACUAUGCUAUAAAUAUACAUAUGUAUAGCAGGGUUGGGUCGCUAAAACCGAGUAAGGGUGACACGCACGCACAGGGAAGAAAGAAUCGAUUGUCAUUAAAUCGAACUGAAAAUCUUUCAAACUGGGCGACGGAAAAGGAAAACAUCGACGAGUGAGAAUGGCUGAUGAAGCCCAGCAAAGCCAACAGCCGACUGCUAAAAGGCACAAGGUUCUAAGUCAUCUACCCAUCAUCAUCAAAGUACUCGAAUUGAUACUGGCCAUUUUUGCAAUCGGUUUGUCAGUGGAUCCGAUGAACUCGUUCCAGCGCAUUUUCAACAGGUCGCGAUUCAAGCUGGACGAUGCAGCCACUAUCUACGUCUCGGUCGCCGGCUAUAUUCUCAUUAAUGCACUCUUCAUCAUCAGCCAUAUGCUGGGUGAUCGCGUGCCAAAAAGAACGUUGCUGAUGUUCGCAACCGUAGGCGCGUUUAUGCACGUGGUGGCCGGAAGUUUGAUGGUCCAUAAUUGGCGCCAGAUGAAUGGUCCUUACUAUUAUGUGCAUAACAACGAAAUCCAUCCUAGUAAACAGUACAUGGAUAUGCUUAUAUCAGCAGCAGUAUUUACAUUCGUAACUGCAGCAGCAUUUGUCGCGGAAAUUGUCGCCAUUAUAAGAUAUGCGUGAAUAUGUGCGUCUCCGCAAGAAAAUCCGUUGAUUCAAGCGAGUUGAAAGACUCACGAGUAUCACCAAAGCUAUGGAUAAUCUAUUUAAAAAGAAAAAGAAAUAUAUGAAAGAUCUUAAUUUUUUAAAGCCAUGUAUACACCUAGCGAACAAACAUCAAACGAACAGCGAACGCAAAAUUUUGUGUUGUUAUUUGAUACAUAAAAGUUGCACAAGUUUAAUUGCUAUGUGCAACAAACAUCGAAUCUGAUCGAAUGCUAGUAUUUGGUGCAUCAAGAAAAAGAAUAAAUUGCUCAUAAACACAAACAUGAAUGUCCGAACAUUCGCGUUCAAUGUUCGUUCGCUAGGUGUAUACGCGGCUGAAUAUUUAUUACAUAAGCAAUUUCACAAAACUUUCUGAAAUUUAUACGAUUAUUAAUUUGAUAUUUUAAUGGCUGCAUUCAGCAAGGAAAACAGCUUGAUUGGUGAUAAUAAUAUGUGAAGAACUUAGGGCAAAACCAAUCGAGAGGGAUUCGAUAAUGUACAUCGUUAAUCGAUCAAUUUAAAAUAAAAUAUUCUCAUUGAUAGCAGUAAAAAACGGAGCCCUCCUGACCAAUCAUAUUAAAGAAUAUUACAACAGUUAUGCAAAGCUAUUACCUCUACUGAAAGCAGCUAUUAUUUUAUAAAACGAAAAAGAUUUAAGAAAUUAAAAAUUGAAAAAUUGUAUAUUUAUUGAAUUGUGUUACAGUUUUAAUAUUAUCUGAGGAAAGAUAUGAGGUGCUAUUUAAACUUUGAAAUUUUCCUGUAAAAUAAA